AUGACCAUGGGCAAGGUUAUCUUCUAUGAGGACAGGAACUUCAUGGGGCGCUCCUAUGAGUGCACCGGUGAUUGUUCCGAUAUGCACUCUUACAUGAGCCGCUGCCACUCAUGCAGGGUGGAGAGCGGCUGCUGGAUGGUCUACGACCAGGCCAACUACAUGGGCAACCAAUAUUUCCUGAAAAGGGGAGAUUACGCUGACUACCACAGCAUGUGGGGUUGGGGCAUGAACAGCUGGAUCAGGUCCUGUCACAUGAUUCCUAUGUGGAGAGGAUCAUACAAAAUAAAGAUCUAUGAGAGGGAGAACUUUAUGGGUCAGAUGAUGGAGGUGAUGGAUGACUGUGAUUCCUUCAUGGAUCGUUACCACUGGUCCAACGGAUGCAUGUCCUGCCAUGUGAUGGACGGCCACUGGCUCAUGUAUGAGUUUCCCCAUUACAGGGGCAGGAUGUGGUACUUCAGGCCUGGAGAGUACAGGAACUUCAGGGACUACAGUGGAAUGAGGUUCAUGAGCAUGAGGCGCAUCAUGGACUCCUGGUAUUAA